UCGAGACAGUACUAGAUCUAAGUGUCUGUCUUCAACAUGAUCGCUGGCCUAAUGGACAAUGAAAUAACUCGCGGGCUUUAACAAAACACAAACUCGUGAUACAAAUAUUGAAUUCCAAACACACAGCGGCUUAUUAUCAACAUAGAUAGUUUGUAGGAAACUUUACACAGGCUAAUGACAGAUAACUCACAGUUACUUCAACCAGAAAAUAGUAGUAGGCCAACUGUUGAUAUUUUAGUAGCUCAUCAUUCGGGUAUUACAUAUUGAAUGUUUUCAAAUUUAAAAAAUCUAACUAAAAAGUAUAUACGGCUGUACAAAAAUUAAGUAAAAAAUUUAAUUAAAGUAAGUUUUUAUCUAAAUGCAAGUUCUGAGCCUACAGUGUUAACUAUUGUUAUUAGUUCUGUAUCCACUUCUAUGACAUCACUUAUCACACGGCAUGUGUGACAUUUCAAACCCAGCAAAAAUAAAAAAAAAAAAAGGAUUUUGUUUUUUUUUUAAAUAUUAAUCACAGAACUGUUUUCAGUUUGGAUAUAAACUAGCUUUUGUAAAUAGUUUAUUUUUAGUCUUUCGUUAUUUCACAAUUUCCUGAAUUGUUUGUGAGAUGUCGGCAAUGAAAGACCUUCACAAUACUUGGAUUGGAGACACAAGAUCAAUGUAUUGUAGUUUGAUCUUGAUAAGUGCAUUUACACGCUUAUUGUAAAGGCUAAAUAUACGUCUAUUUAUAGGCUAUAUAUACGUUUAUUGUGUAGGCUAUAUUUAAGUUUUUCAAACAAGUUAGUGUCAGUGUUUCACUAUUUCACAAUCGGAUUGUCCAGAGACACUGGAGAUGAAAGAAUCAACAUGUGAUCGCAGACGGAACUUCUAUUAGACAGAUUUCUAGUUUGAUACUCCUGAUGUCUCUAAUUCAGAGGACCGCCAUGUUCACCUGGUGUCAAUUAACGGCAUUCUGCGUCACAUUGUACAUAUCCAUUGUGAAGACAACCGUACCAGUUCUUCCAUCCCAUGAACCAAAGUUUGACAUGCCCAUGGUCAACGUCACAGUGAAGGAGAGGAACACAGCAGUCCUACCUUGUUCUGUCAGCUCUUUAGGGAGCUAUCAGGUCGUAUGGACUGACCAGGUUUCCACUUUACUGACUUUUGAAGACAGAAGAAUCAUUGAUGAUGAGAGACUCAGCGUUGAGAGACCCUACACACGAGAUUGGAAUCUCCACAUACGAGAUGUCCGCUAUAGUGACCAGGGCAUCUACAACUGUCAAAUCAACACCAGCCCGGUCAAGAUUAAGACAAUCAAUCUGAUAGUUCAAGUGCCCUCCAAGAUCCUGGACCACCUCUCCUCCACCGAUGUGGUGGUCCGGGAGGGCGAGACCGUCACACUCGUCUGCAACGUGACAGGCACCCCGCAGCCCACCGUGACCUGGUACCGGCUAAGCAGCAGCUCCAAGGGCAGCGAGAAACAGAGUGAGUUGUGCCCUGGCUCAGAUAAGGUCGGUGUGAAUGGCGAGGUCCUGGUCAUCCACAACGUCACCAGGUUCUGUGGGGACAGCUACGAGUGCGUGGCCUACAACAACGUGGCACCUCCGGCCAACAAGCUGAUCAAAGUUUACGUUGAGUUUGCUCCAGAGAUCUACUUACCUAACAAGAGAAUUGGUCAAGAGAGGGGGAAGGAGACCAUACUAGAAUGCACGGUCACUGCGUUCCCUCACGCGGUCAGCAUGUGGCAGAAAGACGGCAUCAAAUUAACGACAUCUCCCAAAUACAGGGUUGAGGCUUAUGACGAAGAGAAGAACAAGUUAACCCUCAGUCUUCGAGUCUUCAACAUUCAAGAUUCAGAUUUCGGGGCCUACAAAUGUAUUGCGGAGAACCCUCUUGGAAGUGAUGAAGAGAUUAUGUACCUCUACGACUAUGCAGAGCAGUACAAAAGUUCAUCUACCACACCAAUAACACCUAGCACUACAUUGAACCCUUACGAGCCCCAUGUGCACGGCCAGGAGGAGACCCACCAUGUUUAUGUCAAGUCCACUGCUUCCCAUGAACACAAACUUAGCAUGAACAAGCCUGGAGCUUGGUCUGGAGCCAAGGACCCGGGACAGCCAAGGAUAGGAAUUGUUGUCAAUGAAAAAAGACGAAACACUGCCAGCACCUACAGAGUUCAAAGGUUAUUUGUUGGAAUGACCUUGAUCGUAUACUUCAUUGUGAUGAUUCUUUUGUGAUACUAAUGUAAACACCAACUUCAACGCCCAAUGUAUCUGUGUGCCAAAACGUGGACAUUCAAAACGGGGACAUUCAAAACGAGGACAUUCAAAACGUGGACAUCUCUGUGAAAGUCUGAGAUAGAAUUCAUUAAAGACAUCUUAAUUGCUUCCAUAUUUCAUUGCUAUCAAUAUUUCAACGUUGAUAUCAGGAACUGUCAUCUUUUGUUUUCUUCUAUGUACCAGUAUGACAUGUCUCUGUAUGUCUUGAAGUAAGGGUACAAGCUUCAUAUCCUUCUAGUGAGGCUUCAUUGUGUGGUAUAGUGCUGUUUAUAUUCACACUACAGAAUAUGUAUUUAAGGUUGAUAUGUAUCAUAUCUAUAUGGUGUGAUUUAGCUAUAUCUCGAUUACAUACUUUAUUAUACGCUCAUUUUUUCACAAGUUACAGUAGUAUUGUGUAUACAUGUAUACUGUGACUGUUAUUAUCCUUGCAGCCAAUGUGUACCAUUGAAAAGUCGGUAUAAAAGAAAAUGAGAAACGGACCAUAUUUUUGUUUCUUAUUAUAAAAUCUCUCUAAACAUGUUUACCAGAUUGUGUGAAAGCUAGACCUGUCUUAAUGAAUAACCUGUUUCCACUUGUUAAACUAAUAAAAUCUUCUCGUUUGAUUGUAUGUUUCUAACUUCAACAUUUAAAGGUUUUUUUUUUUCUUUGUCUUUUAUUGAACUCCACACUCCACACGUCUUUAGUCUCAUUGUUGUUGGCCUAUCUCUGCAGAUAAAGUGCAUAUUUACAACUUCUCUUUGAUCUAUCUCUGCAAAUAUAGUGCAUCUUUACAACUUCUCUUUGGUCUAUCUCUCCAGAUGUAGUGCAUCUUUACAACUUCUCUUUGAUUUAUCUCUCCAGAUGUAGUGCAUCUUUACAACUUCUCUUUGGUCUAUCUCUCCAGAUGUAGUGCAUCUUUACAACUUCUCUUUGAUUUAUCUCUCCAGAUGUAGUGCAUCUUUACAACUUCUCUUUGAUUUAUCUCUCCAGAUGUAGUGCAUCUUUACAACUUCUCUUUGAUUUAUCUCUCCAGAUAAAGUGCAUCUUUACAACUUCUCUUUGAUCUAUCUCUUCAGAUGUAGUGCAUCUUUACAACUUCUCUUUGGCCUAUCUCUGUAGAUGUAGUGCAUCUUUACAACUUCUCUUUGGUCUGUCUCUGUAGAUGUAGUGCAUCUUUACAACUUCUCUUUGGCCUAUCUCUGUACAUGUAGUGUAUCUUUAUAACUUCUCUUUGGUCUGUCUCUGUAGAUGUAGUGCAUCUUUACAACUUCUCUUUGGUCUGUCUCUGUAGAUGUAAUGCAUCUUUACAACUUCUCUUUGGCCUAUCUCUGCAGAUAUAGUGCAUCUUUACAACUUCUCUUUGGUCAAUCUCUCCAGAUGUAGUGCAUCUUUACAACUUCUCUUUGGUCUGUCUCUGUAGAUGUAGUGCAUCUUUACAACUUCUCUUUGGUCUGUCUCUGUAGAUGUAGUGCAUCUUUACAACUUCUCUUUGGCCUAUCUCUGUAGAUGUAGUGCAUCUUUACAACUUCUCUUUGGUCUGUCUCCUGAGACUUACAGAAUUUAAAAGAAGCUCUCUUAUUGAUCUGUCUUUGCUUGCACUACCCCAGACCACGUCUAUUCCCCAACACCCAACAGCUAAAGAAUAUUUGGCAAAAUAUUAAAAAAUCCCAGAAAAUAAAUAUAGAUCUAUCUUUUAGUCUUGCAAACCUUUUUGUCUUUAAGUCUUGCAUCAUAAUUUAUCAUAUUUUGGGAACCUUUUCUCAAAACACAUGAAGUAACGGAUUUAAAUUUACCUUAUUUGAAAUCAUCCGAAAUUCCAAACUGUUCUUAGUCACUCCUAUUGCCACUCUAUAAUUAAGGGUGACAAAGAGGCAUAUUAUACAACAUGUAUUCUAAUAGUUGCUGCAAUGUGUUGCUCACGUUUUCACCACAUAUUUAUUUGAUGUCAUAAUAAGGGGUAUCACGUGACUGGAUGUCACAGUUCCUCUUCUCCUUUUGUGAUACGAUCAUUUAUUUAUUGUCCAUAUUACCGGUAUAUGUUAUCUACACGAAAAUUGUUUUGAGAUUACCAUUACUAGUUUUUGUAUGUCUAUUGUCACAACUUAUUUCAUUGCUUCCAACAAAUUGAUGUUUACAUGACAUGAAAUAUAAUGACAAUCUUCAUUGACCUAAGAUUUGAACUUCUGCUGAUGCAUGUCUUGUUAUAGAACUGAACUUGUGUAUUUUCUACUAGAAACUGUGUGAGUGGGUAGAAGCAUGUCGAAUAAGCUCAAAAUAGCUUCAAUAUUUCAUCUCAAUAUUUCAUCUCAAUAUGCCAUCUUGUUCUUUGUUUUAUUUACUGCUAGUUAACUAUUGAUUAUCAACACACUAGGUCUGGACGUGGAAAUCUUUUUUUUACUUUAUUGACACACAUUCACAGUACUCAGCAUUAGUAACUAGUUCACCACCACAUGUUUUAAGGUGUACACAUCCACAUGUUUUAAGGUGUACACAUCCACAUGUUUCAUUAGUUAGUAACAGACUUUUUCAUUUUAAUUCUAUAUUCCCCCCCCCCUCAAAAGUCAUCAUUUAUUAAUUGAAAUCAAAUGUGAGUCAUUUACAAAGUUUCGGCGCUACAGCGAUGAAAUUAUAAGCACCAGCCAUCUGCAGUCAUCUGUGUUCAUUUCAAGAGUUGAACAAAACAACGUGUUCGCUACUUCUGCUUACAGUUACUAUUUUAAUGUCAUACCAAAUACAUCUGACAUUCUGAAUGCUAAACUGUUAUUAAUUGGGGAACACAAAGUUGUUUUCUCCGAUUGUCCCCCCUUUUCUUGGUUACAACUCUUCACUCUAUAUUGUUACGUUCUCUCUCCCAAUCAGGCCUUCUGUAAACACUGCUAAACACAACAACACACAUCUAACACUUCAAGAACUAUGACAAGGCUUCAAAUAAUCUGGUACUUUAAUAAUGAGUGAAUAAGUAGAUAACAGCCAAUACUAGACAAUUGGCAACAAACACAUCAACAACUAAAAUGUCACUCUGUACAUCACCGUACAAAACUCUACUGUCUCUCUUUCUAGACUUGUACAUCAACACAUGAGGACUCAACCAGGACCGAAUUCAUGGCCGACUAACAGUCCCUGUCUCGACGCUCUCCGGUCUUGAACUGCCGCUUUCCUACACACUGUGUCACUCGUACACGCAGGCUUUCGAUCACAUGACCAUAACAUUGGUCAUAUUUGCGUGUAAUCGUGUAAUCGUAGUACUGUCCCUUGUCCAUGGCCCCGCUGACCUGAGUGAUUCACGUGUGUGUCAGCUGAACCUAUAGUUAACCCUUUUGCGCCUCCAAUAGGGUCAUAACAAUAUUGUCUUACAGACACACGCAUACAUGUAGUGGUAGUUCAUUUUGUCCCUUAAAGCCUUAGCUAUUUAUUCACGAUAUUUAUUUAUAAAUAUUGGUAUCUCUAGCUUCUACGCGUUCAAUAUAGUGAAAGACAUUUUAUUAGUCACCAACAGCACAGAAAUAAAGUAUUGAAUUGCUGACUCUAUGAUAGAUUUGUGUUUUGUUGAGAGAAGGGUUAUGCUGCACUAGAAUGGACACAAAACAAAACAACCUCCUAGCAUUACUGUGGAUCAGAAAUAUUGCUUGAUGCUAGGAAGUAGUUAUGUCAUCGCUAUGUAUAUAUGUAUGUACAAGUGCUGUCCACGUAAUGUACAAGGUAUGUACACAUAUCGGAAUGUCUAUUGAUGUUAGCAAUCGUAUAAACACUACAAAUGAUUGCCUAUGUAUGAUUGUGUCUCACACAGAUGUCAGCCAUGAUGAUUGUCAGGCUUGUUGUCAUGUUGGCUCAUUUAACGCUACACAUUGACCUGGUUACACAAUAGCAUUUAAGAUAGACUCGUGGAAGACACUGACAACUCUUAAAGAUCUUUACGAUAGUGACAUUAUGCUCUAUAGAAUUAACAUUUUUGAUUUGACAGAGAUUAGAUCAUUUUGUUGUAAUUAAUUUUAGUUUUAACUUUUUUUUUUUUUUACAGAACAACUUUUUCAACUAAAUAUCUUAAUUGACUUCAAAAUAAACCCUAGACAAGUUAAACAAGGGAGAGAAUUAAACACAAUAAGCGAUAAGAAAAAAAAAAGAAAAACUAGAAAAGCAAAAGGGAAUUACAAAGAGAAAGAGAAGAAAUAAGUACAUGGAAAAAAAGACAAAGAAAAAGAGUGUAUGUGUGUGUGUGUGUGUGUGUAUGUGUGUAAGAGAGAGAGAGAGAGAGACGGACAGUUACUAUUAAGCGAACUCUACACUGACAAAUGCUACUUUGUAUUUAUGUAAAAUUACUUUUCUAUUUAUAUGUUACAAUGUUUAUUUGAAAAUGUUCAAUUAUAAUUUUAUAAUCGAAAUUAGAACUACACAAAUGAACAAAUAAUUAAAUUAUUUUAGUUUCUAAUUAGAAAAAGUUCUUGUAUAGUAAACAAGGGAAUUCUAAAUCACGAUACAGAGGACGGAAAGGUCUAUACACUGUUACACUUAUUUGGAAGUAUUUUUGUGUGUUUUCUUUAAUUUUAUCUUUUUCUUUGUUCGGAAAUGAACCCUUGAUUAAAGACCUACCUGAA